AUGACCUGGCCUGACGUCUCCGCCAAGCCUGCCGAGGGCAUCUCAUACUACACCCCUGCCCAGAGCCCCCCGGCAGGCACAGCUCGCAAUCCCCAAACGAGCGGAAAGCCCAUUCCCAAGCUCUUCAAGCCUCUUACCAUUAGAGGAUUGACGUUCCAAAAUCGCCUGGGUAUGGCGCCCAUGUGCCAAUACAGUGCCGACGAUGGCCACAUGACUCCUUGGCACAUGGCGCAUUACGGCGCUAUUGCCCAGCGCGGACCCGGACAUAUUAUCAUCGAAGCAACCAGUGUUGUCCCCGAGGGCCGCAUUACCCCCGGCUGCGUGGGCCUCUGGAGGGACUCGCAGAUCGCGCCACUUAAGCAGGUCGUUGAGUUUGCGCACAGCCAGGGCCAGAAAAUCGGUAUCCAGCUCGGACAUGCCGGCCGUAAGGCCUCCACCGUGGCGCCCUGGCUUGGAGGCGUUGUUGCGAAUAACUCUGUUGGCGGUUGGACCGAUAACAUCAAGGCUCCCAGCGCCAUUCCCUUCGCUGAGGGCAAUCCUAUCCCUAUUGCCAUGACCCAGGACGAUAUUGCUGAGGUCAAGACUGCCUGGGUUGCUGCUGUUAAGCGUGCCAUUGCUGCUGGCUGUGAUUUCAUUGAGAUCCACAACGCUCACGGUUACCUGCUUUCUUCCUUCCUUAGCCCCUCCUCCAACCAGCGCACCGAUAACUACGGUGGCAGCUUCGAGAACCGCAUUCGUUUGUCCUUGGAAAUUGCUCAGUUGACUCGUGACACUGUCGGUGACAAUGUGCCCGUCUUCCUGCGUGUGUCGGCUACCGACUGGCUUGAGACCAGCUUGCCGGAUGAGAAGGGCUGGAAGCUUGAAGACACGGUUGAGUUCGCUCGUGCGCUGGCUGCGCAGGGUGCUAUCGAUCUUAUCGAUAUCAGUACCGGUGGUGUGCACGUUGCUCAGAAGGUUGCCUCCGGUCCUGCUUUCCAGGUUCCUCAUGCUGCUGCUGUCAAGAAGGCCGUUGGAGAUAAACUUCUUGUUGCUGCCGUUGGUAUGAUCAACGACGGAAACUUGGGAGAGAAGAUUCUGAACGAGGAUGACAUUGAUGUCAUUCUUGUUGGUCGUGCCUUCCAGCGCGAUCCCGGUCUUGCCUGGAAGUUUGCCAAGGACCUGGAUGUUGAGAUUGCCAUGGCUGGACAAAUCCGCUGGGGUUUCACUAGCUUCCGCAAUGCGUCCGAGUACAUUCAGCCCAACUCAAUGAAAGCUUGCAUUUUUGAUUAG